GUUUUUGGGGACAGUUUUAUUCAUUUAAAUGUGAUUUACAGUGAAUACCUCCAGCUAUCAUUCCAUCGAAACUUUGACUGGAACAAACUACUCCAAGUGGAAACAAGAUCUGGCUAUAUCUUUAGGAUUAUUGGAUUAUGACUUUGUUCUCAAAGAAACUCCUCUCAAAGCACCUGCCACAAGUGCUUCUGCAGAAAUCAAGGCUCGAUAUGUCAAAUGGGAAAAGGCAAACAGGAUGACCAUGUUAAUCAUGCAGAGGGCUAUGGCAUCUUCUGUUAAAGGCAGCAUUCCAAAGACUGAAAGUGCAAAGGAAUAUUAUGAGUUCAUAGCUCAGAGGUUCAAAGUUUCUGAAAAAUCUGCCAAGAGCUCACUGCUGAACAAACUAACUGACAUGAAGUAUGAUGGGCAAGGGUGUGUUAGAGCUCAUAUUAUGAACAUGAUUGACAUUGGGGCAAAACUACAAGAGCUGAACAUGACAGUAGAUGAGGAUAUGAUGGUGCAUUUUGCAUUGAACUCUCUGCCCAAGGAUUUUAAACCCCUUCGAAAUACAUACAUAGCUCAGAAAGAAAGUUGGACACUUAAUGAUCUCAUCACUAUAAGUGUCGAAAUUGAGGACAAUCUGAUAAGAGAAAGGGGAGCUAAGGUGAUAAAUAUGGUUCAAGCAAAGCAGCAUAAGUGGAACAAAAACUCUGAAACUAAUAAACAGAAAGAAAAGGACAAUUCAAGUGCUCUCAAACCAGUUGGAAACAAAUGCUUCUUCUGCAAGAAAGGUGGACAUAUGAAGAAAGAAUGUAGGAGGUACAAGAGGUGGUUGGACAAACAAAAGGCUAAAGGGGUUCAUAAGGAAGAGGCCCCCAAGCAAGGAUGAAGUGAAGGUGUUCGUAGGCAAUGGAGAGAAAGUUCAAGUUGAUUUUAUUGGAGUAGUUAGGAUUGAAUUAGUUUUUGGUUUUGUUUUGGAAUUAGAAGAUGUGGUUUAUGUUCCUGCUAUGAGGAAGAACCUAAUCUCAGUUGCUAGGCUUGUAAAAUCAAAGUUCACUUUGAACUUUGAUGAUUUUGGUUGUUCUAUUUUCAGAAAUAAAGAAUUAGUUGGAAAAGCAAAUCUUGUUGAUGGCAUGUUUCGAUUAAGUUGCAAAACAAUCAUGGAAAUUAACUCU